ACGCUGCAAGGUUUGAAGCUGCGCCGCCAGCGAGCGAGGCCGCGGUGACAGCGGCUGGACCCAGGCGGCCCCGCCGGUGGCCCGCGCUCCCGCCCGGCCAUGGCGGCCUCCGCGGGGCGGCGCGGCUCAGAGACGGAGCGUCUCCUGACUCCCAGCCCUGGGUAUGGGACCCAGGCGGGGGCCCAGCCACCGGCCCUGUCCACUCCAGUGGAAGAGGAAGACCUGCGGCGGCGCCUCAAGUACUUCUUCAUGAGCCCCUGUGACAAAUUCCGUGCCAAGGGCCGCAAGCCCUUCAAGCUGAUGCUGCAGGUGGUGAAGAUCUUGGUGGUGACCAUCCAGCUCAUCCUGUUCGGGCUGAGCAACCAGCUGGCUGUGACCUUCCGGGAGGAGAACACGGUCGCUUUCCGCCACCUCUUCCUGCUGGGUUUCACCGAUGGGGCAGACGACACGCUAGCUGCCUAUACGCAAGAGCAACUCUACCAGUCCAUCUUCCACGCCGUGGACCAGUACCUGAGUCUCCCAGAAAUGUCCCUGGGCCGCUAUGCCUACGUGCGCGGUGGCGGUGGGCCCAAGGCCAAUGGCUCUGCCCUGGCUCUCUGCCAGUGCUACUACCGACACGGCCACGUGGAUCCGGCGAACGACACUUUUGACAUCGACCCAAUGAUCAUAUCAGACUGCAUCUCGGUGGAUCCCCCCGAGCUGCUUCCUGUGCCCCCCAUGGAUGAUCUCUCCUUUGCAGAUGGCAGUGCCAGUUACCGGAACCUCACACUCAAAUUCCACAAGCUGAUCAACGUGACCAUCCACUUCCAGCUGAAAACCAUCAACCUUCAGAGCCUAAUCAACAAUGAAAUCCCCGACUGCUACACCUUCAGCGUCCUGAUCACAUUUGACAAUAAAGCACACAGUGGGCGUGUCCCCAUUCGACUGGAGACCCAGGCUCACAUCCAGGAAUGUAAGCGAUCCAGUAUCUCCAGAUAUGGCAACAACAGUUUCCGGCUUCUGUUCGACGUGGUUGUGAUCCUCACCUGCUCCUUCUCCUUUCUGCUUUGUGCCCGCUCGCUGCUCCGUGGUUUCCUGCUGCAGAGAGAGUUCGUGGGUUUCAUCUGGCGGAGGCGGGGCCGGGUCAUCAGCCUGUGGGAACGGCUGGAGUUUGUCAACGGCUGGUACAUUUUGCUGGUCACCAGCGACAUGCUGACCAUCUCUGGCACCAUCAUGAAGAUUGGCAUUGAGGCCAAGAACCUGGCGAGCUAUGACGUCUGCAGCAUCCUCCUGGGCACGUCCACGCUGCUGGUCUGGGUGGGCGUGAUCCGGUACUUGACCUUCUUCCACAAGUACAAUAUCCUCAUCGCCACGCUGCGGGUGGCCCUGCCCAGUGUCAUGCGCUUCUGCUGCUGCGUGGCUGUCAUUUACCUGGGCUACUGCUUCUGCGGCUGGAUCGUCCUUGGGCCCUACCACGUGAAGUUCCGGUCCCUCUCCAUGGUGUCCGAGUGCCUCUUCUCCCUCAUCAACGGGGACGACAUGUUUGUGACGUUCGCCGCCAUGCAGGCGCAGCAGGGCCGUAGCGGGCUGGUGUGGCUCUUCUCCCAGCUCUACCUCUACUCCUUCAUCAGCCUCUUCAUCUACAUGGUGCUCAGCCUGUUCAUCGCGCUCAUCACUGGGGCCUAUGACACUAUCAAGCACCCCGGGGGCAGUGGUGCAGAGCAGAGCGAGCUGCAAGCCUACAUCGCUCAGUGCCAGGACAGCCCCACCUCCGGCAAGUUCCGUCGCGGGAGCGGCUCGGCCUGUAGCCUUCUCUGCUGCUGUGCCAGGGACACGCCGGAGGAUCAUUCGCUGCUGGUGAAUUGACUUCACCAUCCUGACCACUACUUACAUAGAACAGACUGCUGAGAUGCACGCUUAUUUAUUUAGAAUUUAAUUUUUAAAAACUGGGACCCUGGCCAUUGCCAGUCAGAGGCCCCAGAGGCCAAAGUUGGUCGGACACUGGGCAUGGGUGCUAAUAAUAAAAGGGAAAAAGAA